AUGUCUGACGUUGAAGAAGUCCAAGUUGUUGAACAACAAGAAACCGGUUCCGUUUCCAUUGAAGACUGUUUGAAGGUUGUCUUGAGAACCUCAUUGGUCCACGAUGGUUUGGCCAGAGGUUUGAGAGAAGCUUCCAAGGCUUUGUCCAGAAGAGAAGCUCAAUUGUGUGUCUUGUGUGACGCUGUUACUGAAGAAUCCAUCAUCAAGUUGGUUGAAGCUUUGUGUGAUGAACCUGAAGAAAAGAUUCCAUUGAUUAAGGUCUCUGAUGCCAAGUUGUUGGGUGAAUGGGCUGGUUUGUGUCAAUUGGACAGAGAAGGUAACGCCAGAAAGGUUGUUGGUGCUUCUUGUGUUGUUAUCAAGAACUGGGGUGCUGACACUGAAGAAAGAUCUGUCUUGUUGGAACACUUGUCUCAACAAUAA